AUGGCAAAGGUUCCUCGAGAAGUGGGUGGCUGCAUAGCCUUGCCCAUAAAUCUACCGGUCACGACAUCUUUCCCUCAUGAAACGAAACACUAUCUAUACCUGCGCCCUCACGACCCCAAAAUCCCCGAUGAAGAAACACCGAGGUCACUAUUCUUGAUCAAUAUCCCCGUCACUACCAAUAUCUAUUCCUUGAGGCACCUGUUUACCACGCAGUUGGAGGGAGGGAGGGUAGAAAGCGUCCAUUUUGCAGAGAAAUCUCCGGGCCAGACGAGCACGGCAAUCACAAAGUCUAGCCGCAAGAGGAAGCGAAUGACAGCCGAAGAACUUGAAGCUGGAUUGGACAACUAUUGUCUACCGAAGACGUUCGAUUCGGAAAUUCAUCCGACGGGGUCUACAGCUAUUGUGGUGUUCGUUGACCGAGCGAGCAUGGAACUUGCUCUCAAAGCCGCGCGCCGAGCAGUAAAGUCUGGCGUCGAACUCAAAUGGGACGAUCCAGAAGAGUCUACUCCUCAAUUCGGUUUGAUGAGAUAUGAGCAUCAUAAACAUCUACAGUUCCCAUCGAGAAAAGAACUGCUUAGGAGCGUCAACGGCUUCAUGACAGCAUAUGCACAGAUGGAAGACGCAAGGGCUAAGGAGAAUGCGAAGAAACGACAGAUGCCAGAUGAGGAUGGCUUCAUUACAGUCACCCGUGGUUCCAAGGGUGGUGCUCGUGCGGAGGAGAUCAAAGACCUUGCCGAGAAACAUAAGGAGAAGAACAAGGGUCUCGAAGAUUUCUACAGGUUCCAAAUGCGCGAGAAACGGAAAGAACAGCAUUAUGAGAUGCUAAAAAAGUUUGAGGACGACAAACGGAAAGUAGAAGAAAUGAGACAUCGACGUGGAGCGCUCAAGGUUGGUUCCUAG